AGACCAACGCCGAACAAUGCGGCAGCAAUCGCCUUCUGGAGCAUCACCAACGUCCCGCCAUCCAUCGUUUGGAGGUGCGCAUUCUAAAGCCGGCAUUCUUUCCUUAUGAUCCCACCGCGCUAGCUUCCCCUGUGCGGGAACCGCUGUAAUAUUUCCAACCUUUUUCUUUUCUUUUUUUUUGCAUUUUCCUUGCUUUUGCGACACUUUCUUUUUCGCUUCGAAUCCCCUUUACAACUCCCAGCCUCGCGACGCCAUGGGGAACUGUUCGUCUUGCCUCGGCAGCCGCCGCCGCGAUGAAUAUGACGAGGAGGAAGACGAAGCUCAACACCUCUUCGACGAUCCCAACAACCUGCACUAUGGCAGCUUCGACCAGCAGCACAUGAUGGGCCAGGAAGAUCCACAAGAGGCCCAAAGAGAGAUUGAGGCUCUGCAGAGAGUGGUGGCGCGAACCUCGGAUGCCAUGGUUGACAUCUACGAGAUCGUACCCCAAGAUAAGCCUGCCCAGCCCGCCAACGGUCCUUUCGUCUAUAUCGGCCAGGAUGCGACCACGGUCCGGUACCAGACACUGCUCUCCAAGCUCUCCUCUCAAGACGACCUCCUCUCCGCGGCGCGCGUCGAUUGGGGAUCUCCGGACGAUGACACCAUCGAGAUGCAGCAGGACCCUGUGCCCAUCAAGGUUGACGGGAGCGAUAGCCUCGUCGGAAACUUUGCCGAUGCAGCAGCAGCCAUGCGUUGAAAAAAAAAAGGCCUUUUGGGUCUCGAAAGCGUUGAUUGCGUGCAGCAUCCUCCUCAGUCGUCAUUGUAUGGGCCCAUAUGCCUGCCAGCCAGAAGUGCAGCUAUGGGGAAAGUAGAGGGGGCGGGGGGAAGGUGCUGACUCGUUGCAGCUAACGGCCAGGUCCGCCCGCUCGGAAUCUGCUGGCCCCCAGUAUCCCCUCUGGUGUUAUAGGGUGGCCGAGACACAUCAAUGUUCGGAAGUCGUGCCACGAUGGUUGGAGUGGUUGUGUGUGUAGCACGGUCCGCUUGGAGAUUAUAUACUCUUGGAAGCGGCUGAUGCGCCGUUACAUAUUGACUCGCU